AUGUUUGAGCGCCUCAUUGUUUUUGGGCUGCAGCUGUUUGCGCCCAUCACUGUCCUCUCGCUCUCAAUACUGGUGCCAAUCCACGCCACCAGCCACUAUCUUGAGGAGAGCCUGCAGAGCAAGGAGGUCACCGCGACCCUCAUGGGGCUCACCAUGAGCGCCAUGAAGGACGGCUCCCAGGAGAUGUGGGUGCACAUCUGCCUGGUGUACUUGUAUGUGGCCUACGCAAUGUGGCUGAUGGACGGGCACUACAAGUGGUACGUACUGCUGCGGCAGCACUACCUGACAAUGGGUGACAGCGUGUCCCCGUGGCUUGGGCACGCCGUGUCGCCGCGGCACGGCGGCGUGCUGAAGGCGAGCACUGAGAACGGCGGCGGCGGCGGCGGCGAGGGGGACGGUAUGCUGGGCAGCGCGGAGUGGGAGGAUGGGCUGCUGCUCGACGGCGAGGGCGACGGGCAGCCUGGCGCGGGCGGGAGGGCUGGGUGCUACUCCGCGCCGGGGCAGCAGUCGGUGGUCGAGAUGGUCCACGACGGCGGUGGCGGCCCCAGCCUGCACCUCCCCACCUUCCUGCGUCGUGGCUCAGGCGGCCUCGGCGGCCUCGGCGGCAGCCUGGCAGGCGGCUCGCCGGGCUCCGCGCGCCGCAAGGCGGCCAAGCGGCAGGGCGCCGGCGGGGACGUGUUCUUGGAAGAAAACGUCGGCUGCGGCGACGGCGGAGGCGGCUCUCCGCGCGGCCGCGGCCGGUCGCGGCGACGCGAGCUCGUGUGUGACGAUGAAGAGGAGGAGGAGGAGGAGGCGUGGCGGGAGUCCAAGGCCGAGGCGGCGCGUGUGGCGAGGUCGGCGGAGGCCAGUGGCGCGGAUGCGGAGUGGUGGGAGUUCAGGGCGGGGGACCCCCUCAUAGACCGCCAUAUCACGCAGCUGGACAUUGACAGUGACCUGUCUUGGGCCCAAGCAGAGCCAGCCUCGUGA